AUGGAGGCCGCUAAGUCCUAUCCUAGAUUUGGUACUAUAAAUCUGGAGGUUUCUAAACGUGAAAUCGCUGCAUUCUUUGCUCAUGUUACACAUGAAACUGGACAUUACUGUUGCAAGGAAGAAAUAAACGGACCAAAGAAAAACUACUGUCAGAAAGGAAACAAGCAAUAUCCAUGUGUUCCUGGAAAAGGAUACCAUGGCCGAGGACCCAUACAACUAUCUUGGAACUACAAUUACUGCCCUGCAGGUAAAGCCAUUGGAUUUGAUGGUCUAAAUGCUCCAGAAACUGUCUCAAAGAACCCCGUCAUCUCAUUCAAGACAGCAUUUUGGUUCUGGAUGAAUAACGUUCAUUCCAUCAUAACUACGAAUAAAGGGUUUGGUCCAACAAUUCGUGCAAUCAAUGGCAUAGAAUGCAACGGUGGAAACUCUAAUGCCGUCCAGGCUAGAAUCAGAUAUUUCAAGGCUUACUUUAGCCAACUUGGUGUGGCACCAGGGGCUAUUCUUGCUUGCUAA